AUGGCCACCGACGCCGAAACCUCCACCCCCGCAAUCGACACCACCUCCCUCGCAACCUCCCCCAUCGAACGCCGCGACUCCCUCGAAAAGCACCUCCUCACCCGCCCCGAUCCGCAGGAUCUAAAGGAUAGGCAUAUCCUGCUGGAUACGAAUGUUGCUCCAUCCAUCCAGGCCGCGCGCCAGAAACUCGAUCGUCAGAGGGCGUCGGACAGCCUGAAGAAGAACCUUGAGCAUAGGCCGGAUCGGGAGGAGCUUGUUGAGCGCCAUAUCCUUCAACCCGAUGAGCAGGCGCCGCUUUCUCAGUCGCCGAUUUCUCAGUAG